AUGGAUCCCACCACUGGUUCGCAAGUCACCCUUCCAGGGGACUCGGAAACAGAUCCUCCUACAGGACAACAUGAGGAGGGCCUACCAGAUGGUCUUAGCAGUAGUGCCUCUGAAACUCUGCAGCGAAGGCAACUGCACGCAGAGGACGAACAACACUCAGAGAGGGAUCGAACGGAUGACGUAGCCGACAGACAGCAAUCUACUGAUCACCCACGUUCAAACACCGAAGAGGAUGGGACCGAGUUGUUGCAAAGUCAGCAUAGUGGCAAUAUUGACAGUUCAGCUCCCAUUAAUGAAGAUGAGGAAGUGUGUAGGAGCAAUAUACAUGCAGGAGAGGGCCAUCAGGUUGAACUCAAUGAACAGCAACUGCCACUGGCGGAACAGCAGUCAGAGACAAAUUUGGGGACAGGCACGGCCCCAAGUGAGCCCCAAAGGCCUGUGGAGGAGGAAUUGGCUGAGCACAAUCAGGAACAAAUUCAACAAAUUCACUGUGGAGAGGAUGCUCAGCAGAGUGAAUUUACGAACAAUGGGUCAAGGGAGCAAGAUGAUAGGCAGAACUCCGAUGAGAGUCAGUUCCAGGAGGAGAGACAACAACCAGGGGAGGUGCAAAUGCAAGUGGAGGAUCACCGUGUUCCUGGCGCAAGCGGCAAUACACAAGAACACGAGCCAGAGCUGCAACAGUGGCAUGAUGAACAGGGGCAAGGUAUUCCUCUCCAAAUGCCCUCACGUGGCAAGGAGAGCCAACUUCCGGACCCUCUGCAGGGUGAAAACGCUCCAGAUGAGGAUCAGACUGGAGAUAUCACUCAACAGCAGGACCAAAGUCUUCCAAUGAAGCCUCAAGCAGAAGAAGCCGCCCAAGCAGAACGUAACAGCGGUGGCGUUGAGGAGGGCACCCCCACAGGGACCGGGGCUGGAGCCUCCCGGCAUACUCGCAAGGCAAAAACACCGAAACGCUCAAAAAAAUCGCAUGGCACUCACCCGCCCGUCGACACAAGCACUGAGAGCGGUGCCGCCUUCAAGGAGACGACGAUGAAGAGAGCAACGGAGAUUUUGUUCGAUGCAAAGACAGCCACGGCCCUUCAGAGCCUCUGUGCACUGCAGGAACUCGAAGAGGUUGAGAAGUGCUUUGUUUUUGGAGAUGAUGAAAUCGAGGCGGAAGUCUUAGAAAAGGAACGCGCUGACAGGUUGCAGCGCAUCGAGUCCCUUAGAACUGUUGCGAUUGUACGCCAGAAUAUCUCGACGAAAAAGGCCUUUCAGGCUCUUGAGGAAGCGUUGACGAGCGAAGAGGUGGUAGUUGGUUUCGCAGAAGGCAUUCCUGAAGAACAGAACCGUCGGGUUACAGAAGCAGGGGAAGUGCAUAAGAAACAGGAAGAACGCCUGCAAUCACAAGCCGACCGACUGCGUCAGGAGGCUCAAAUGAUACGUGACAGGGUUGUACAGCAGGUGAAGAAUAAGCAAGCUGAGUUCAAAGAAGCCAGGAAGGUGGCUGCUCGAGAACAUGAUGAAAGAGAGCACCGCCAGCUGGAGCUGCUGCAGUCGUACGGUUUUCUAAGACGAGAUUACAACACAACAAAUUACUCCCUUAAGGGGAAGAUUCCUCGGGCAGCCAAUGCUGCCCUGGGCUUAGAACGAGGCUCUGAGGGACCCAACUGGAAGAUAAUGCCACAGACGCUGCGGCUGCGCCUUGACUUAUGUCGGGCUGUAAAGGACAGCGUCCCCAGAGGGCAAUACGUUAUGAUGGCAUCGGUGUGGAACCGACUGGGCGGCCACCGGUUAGUGUGGAAGUGUCUCAAUAAAGAGUUGUCUUCUUCCGAAGAGUCCAAACAAAACGCAGGAGAAAAUGCUGCCCCUGGAAGUAGUCCAUGCACGUUGGCAACCGGGUCCUGCGCUGUGUCUGCUCCUGUGGCAUUUGCGGCAAUGUACUUCAGCGAAUGCCUAAGGUUUGACGAAACACUGUAUUUGAACUGCCCCUCUGAAGCCGACAUUAAACCGUCCAUGUGCUUAGUAUUUCAGCUGUACCUGUUGCGCGGUGCAGUCUCGCCUGUAGACAAGGUUCCUUUGUUUUUAGGAGAGGUUGACACUUCUAUUCAACGAUAUCUUGAGAUGGAAGAUAUGAUACGCACACGACUAGACAAGUGGCUUUGCAAUCUCUACUUCCGCGUCAUUCGAAUGCCGAAAGAGAUAGAUGGCAUCCAGGAAUUUGAAGUCCCUCUCCAUUACACUGCGCGAAUGCUCAGCAUCCCAGAUGAACUGCCUCUCCCAGUCGACAUGCGCUUUUCGUCCUCCGCUCGAAACAGCCAGAGCAUACGAAACAGCCGCAGUAGCACGGAUAGUUCCUCUGCGCAGAAGAUCUUGCGGAGCAUGCUCAUGAAUAGGGAGACUAUCGAAGGCUUGGCAGGGGCUGCCCUGUUGUUCGCUCUGGGAGCUUUGUGGUUCGCUGUCUUUGUCGCGCUGUUUGGAUCAUGGGUUACUCUGAAGGCAUGUAAUAUUCCUGUCUACAGUGCUGAAAUUACUGGCCUGUACAUCCGAUUCGGAUAUGUCCAGGAAUUGCUGUCACUUGGACCAGCAGCCUUGUAUUCUGCCAGCGGCUUCGUAGCUGCUCUCCUUGUGUUUGCAACAUUGUGCCUUAUAGCCCACUUGGCCCACUGCUUCGUCGGAAGAUUGCCGAAUGCAGGUACAGCAGGAGGGCACUUUGAGGUACUCAUUUGGCUUAUUUGUUCAGCAUACCGUUUCAUGGCCCCUCUUGGAAUUUGGGUCUUGAUCUUGCCGGCCCUCCUGGCACUCAUUGAAGCUUGCGGGAGUGAAUAUUCUGGGAUGACAUUUGCUCUCUAUAACUGCCUUGAACGAGAGUUUGCUUCAGGCGCCACAGGGGUUGCUCUCACUGUCCUAAUGGAUCUUGCAUUCAUGGCAUUGAGUUCAGUCACGGUUGCGGUCUGCAGGCACCCUGACGGCACAAUUCUUGAGCAGCUGUACAGCGUGCCACUAAACCUGGAGCUCUCAGCAUCCAACUGCCCGGCUGAGGUGAAGCAGUGCUCUUUUGAGGAGACGGGGUUCCUUCAGCAUCAGCCGACAGAGUCAGUUAUGACUUUUGAAGAAUGGCGUCAGAGGAGAUUUGGUAAUAUGCGCCCGACAGUAAUUAUGGACUCAGCGGAGGAAAUGCUACAGUGCAGUCCAGCGGAGCAAAUUAAACAGAUUGAGGCACCAUUCCUUGUCGAUUGCCUUGAUCGAGCACCCAUGGACGAAGAACCGCCAACAGCUUUACCGCAAGACGGAUGA